AUGCAACUUAAUGCUGAAUACGCUAGAGAACUAAGGGCAGUGUUCAAGAUUCUAGAGUUUUCAAUUGGUGUUAGUCUCAUAGUAUCAAUAAUUGUUGCUGAUCACUAUCGAAUUACUGUGACUGGUGGACUUUUAGCAUUCUUUGCACUAGUUGGGGCACUCAUAUCACUAUUUUUCUUCGUUAUUCAUCUAUGUGGCCUCAUUUACAAAAUUCGAGGGCCUGUUACACUGAUUGAAUUUAUUACGAUAAAAUUCUGUGCUAUUUUGGCCCUUAUCGCGAUGAUUAUAGCAGCCGCAGCUGGUGGAGGUUCUUCAGCUUCGAUAGCCUCAGCAAUUUUAUUUGCAGUCAACUUCGUAUUUUACGGCAUUGAUACAUUUAUCUUAUUUUCAUAUUAUCGAUUGAACGGUGGUUACGUGAAUGACCCUAAAAUUAAACAACGUCCUAACAUACCGCCGAAAGUUAACCAGACGUCAGAAGCCAUAGCAGCGCCUGAAUAUCCAAAUGAUGGUUUCGAAAAAGAAUGA